AACAAAAGCAAGCAGCAAGAUCCCAUCCAAGCUCUCGUAAUUACUUUCUUUUAUACACCCAUAAUCCCACAUGGAUCCCUCUUCUUCUUCUACGUCUUUACCACCACCACCACUCGGGUCGUCAUCUUCCACUACUCUGCUUCCACCAACCCAUUUCCUCACUUCGUUGCCGCCAUGUCGGAGAUCGUCGUUGCAGACCCAAUUAUUGAUCCCAGCAGCAGCAGCGGCGGGGGAGGAAGAGAAAGGAACGGCGGAGAAACGGCGACUGGGGAUGGUGGUGUUACGAGGUCCCUCACGUUUGACCAUGGUGGAGCUAGUACUAGUGGGAGUGGGAGUGCUGGUCCAGAGCCUUUUGACAGUGAGAGGUUGCCUCCCACUCUGGCCAGGGAAAUCCAGAGGUUUCUUCGUGUUGCCAACUUGAUCGAGACGGAGGAGCCUCGCAUUGCUUAUCUUUGCCGCUUCCAUGCUUUCGAAAUUGCACAUAACAUGGACCACAAUUCGACUGGUAGGGGUGUUCGGCAAUUCAAGACUUCUCUUCUACAGCGCCUCGAACAAGAUGAAGAACCUACCUUAAGGAGACGGAAGGAGAAGAGUGAUAUUCGAGAGCUCAGACGCGUUUACCAUGCGUACAAGGAUUACAUCCUUAAAACUGGUGCUGGGUUUGAUUUAGAUGAUAGACACAGAGAGAAGCUGAUAAAUGCAAGUAGGAUCGCUUCUGUGUUGUUUGAAGUAUUGAAGACAGUAACAAAUGCGGCUGGAACUCAGGCCCUUGCUGAAAGGGACGGCAUUAGUUCAAAAUCCGGGUUCUAUGUACCAUAUAACAUUCUUCCUCUGGAUCAAGGAGGUAUUCAGCAAGCAAUUAUGCAACUCCCUGAGAUAAAAGCUGCUGUUGUUGCCAUCCGCUUCACUCGCGGCUUACCUCCUCCAGAAGAUUUUCAUAAACGGAGGCCUUUCUUUGAUUUGUUUGAAUUCCUUCAGUGUUGCUUUGGGUUUCAGGAAGGAAACGUAGCCAACCAGAGAGAGCAUUUCACUCUACUCCUUGCUAACACCCACAUUAGGCAAUGUUAUAAACAGGCAGCGAACUCCAAGUUGGUAGAUGGGGCAGUUGAUGAGCUGAUGAAGAGGUUCUUUAAAAAUUAUGCUAAUUGGUGCAAAUUUCUAGGGAGAAAAAACAAUAUACGAUUGCCUUACGUGAAACAAGAAGCUCAACAAUAUAAAAUAUUGUACAUAGGACUUUACCUUCUUAUAUGGGGGGAGGCUGCCAACUUGCGGUUAAUGCCAGAGUGCCUGUGCUACAUUUUUCAUCAUAUGGCAAAUGAAUUGCAUGAUAUAUUGGGCAAUGCUGUUAGCUUGGAAACUGGGGAGAAGAUCCGACCAGCAUAUGGAGGAGACUCUGAAGCAUUUCUUAACAAAGUUGUUACCCCCAUAUACACGGUCAUAGCUAAGGAAGCUGAGAAAGGGAGAGUUACUGCUGAUCAUUCCACCUGGAGAAACUAUGAUGAUUUGAAUGAGUACUUCUGGUCUCCUGAAUGUUUUCAAAUAGGUUGGCCUAUGCGCACGAAGCAUGACUUCUUUUGUGAGACUACUGUGAAAAAGGACAAAGUGAAGGGUUCUGCAGAAAAGAAGAGAGGAGAGGCAGAGGUGGGUGAAGAAUUGAGAGGACAACAAGAAAAUGAAUCAGAGGCCGCUUCAGAAGAACAAGGACCGAAAUGGCUGGGCAAGACAAAUUUUGUAGAAAUGCGAUCAUUUUGGCAGAUUUUUAGGAGCUUUGAUCGGAUGUGGACUUUUUUCAUUCUAUCACUUCAGGCAAUGAUAGUAAUGGCCUGCCAUGAUGUGGAAAAUCCAAUGGAGAUACUUAAUGCCGAAAUAUUUGAGGACAUCCUGAGCAUCUUUAUUACUUCUGCAAUUCUUAGACUCAUACAAGCGAUUCUCGAGAUUGCUUUUACAUGGAAAGCUAGACACAUGAUGGAUGUCUUGGAGAAAAGGAAACAGGCAUUGAAGCUGGCUUUCGCUGUCAUAUGGACCAUAGUUCUUCCAGUAGUUUAUGCUAAAUCAAGAAGCGAGUAUAAAUGUUAUUCCAAGCAAUAUGGAAGAUGGUCUGGACAGUUCUGUAUAUCUCCCUACAUGGUCGCAGUUGCAAUCUACCUGACAACUAACGCAGUUGAGAUGAUCUUAUUUUUCGUUCCUGCUGUUCGAAAGUUCAUUGAGAUGUCGAAUUUUCAAGUAUUCAGAACUUUCUCGUGGUGGACACAGCCAAGAUUAUACGUUGGGCGUGGAAUGCAAGAAACCCAGGUUUCUGUUUUCAAGUAUACAUUGUUUUGGUUUCUGGUGCUACUCACCAAAUUUAUAUUCAGCUACAGUUUUGAGGUCAAACCUCUCAUCCAACCAACAAGACUAAUCCUGAAAAUUGGUGUGCAAAAAUAUGAUUGGCAUGAACUAUUUCCAAAAGUGAAAAGCAAUGCAGGUGCAAUUGUUGCUAUAUGGGCUCCUAUUCUAGUUGUGUAUUUCAUGGACACACAGAUUUGGUAUUCUGUCUUCUGCACAAUCUUUGGUGGAGUUUAUGGAAUUUUACAUCAUCUUGGUGAGAUUCGAACAUUGGGUAUGCUGAGAAGCAGAUUUCACACCUUACCUUAUGCAUUCUAUGUGUCUCUUGUCCCACCUUCCGCGAAAAGUGAUAAAAAGACGGGCUUCUUUAACAAGAGGUCUCACAAUGGAUUCGAAAGUGGAACAAAUGGAGUGGCCAAAUUUGCUCUUGUAUGGAACCAAAUUGUCAACAACUUUCGGCAGGAGGACUUGAUAAGCAACAGGGAGCUGGAUCUGAUGUCAAUACCUAUGUCAUCGGAGUUAUUGUCUGGCAUGAUUCGUUGGCCGAUUUUCCUUCUAUCAAAUAAGCUCUCCACAGCCUUGAGCAUUGCGCAGGAGUUUGUGGGGAAGGAUGAGAGUCUUUUCAGAAAGAUUAAGAAAGACAAGUACAUGCACUGUGCCGUGAAAGAAUGUUAUGAGUCACUCAAGUAUGUCCUUGAAAUUCUUAUUGUGGGUGAUCUGGAGAAAAGGGUGGUGUCGUGCAUAUUGAAGGAAGUUGAAGAUAGCAUUGCUCGGUCUAGUCUUCUUGAGGACUUCAAGAUGAGCGAGCUUUCAGCUCUAAAAGCCAAAUGUGUUGACUUACUCGAGUUCUUGGUAACUGUAGCAUUGCAGAUGUUAAAGGUUGAAGGAGAUGGUAAUAAUCAAGGAGAUGUGGUGAAAGUUCUUCAAGAUUUGUUUGAACUUGUGACAAAUGAUAUGAUGACGAGUAGUUCAAGAGUAAUGGAUACACUCAGCUCUCCGUCCCAGCUGGAAGAGAACUCUGCAUAUUUUUCUAUAACUAUCGAACCACAGUUAUUUGAUUCAGCUGCUGGCCAGGAUGCUAUCCAUUUCCCAUUUCCAGACAGUGGACCUCUCAAGGAACAGAUCAAGCGUUUUCUUCUACUCCUUACUGUCAAAGAUAAGGCGUUGGAUAUACCUGCAAACUUAGAGGCUAAAAGACGAAUAUCAUUCUUUGCUACUUCACUUUUCACCGACAUGCCAGUCGCUCCUAAAGUGCGAAACAUGUUGUCUUUCAGUGUUUUGACACCACAUUUCAUGGAAGAUGUCACUUAUUCGAGGAAAGAUCUUCUUUCAAGUAAAAAAGAGGAGGUUUCUAUCUUAUUCUAUAUGCAGAAAAUUUAUCCAGAUGUAUGGGAGAACUUUCUGGAGCGCAUGGGAUGGGAAAAUUCAGAUGCUUUAAAAGAGGAAAACAACAAUGACCUCAGAUAUUGGGCCUCUUUCCAGGGCCAAACAUUAAGCAGAACAGUUAGAGGCAUGAUGUACUACAGAGAAGCAUUAAGAGUUCAAGCAUUUCUUGAAAUGGCUGAAGAUGAAGAUAUACUUGAAGGUUAUGAUGCCGCUGAAAGAAACAAUCGCACAUUGUCUGCACAAUUAGAUGCGCUGGCAGACAUGAAGUUCUCUUACGUUCUUUCAUUUCAAAAGUUCGGUUUGCUGAAGGCUGCUGGAGAUCCCCGUGCAAUGGAUGUACUUGACUUGAUGACCAGGUAUCCAUCUCUUCGUGUUGCUUAUGUCGAGGAGAAGGAAGUUCUGAAUGGCGAUAAGGUUUAUUCUUCGUUAUUGAUUAAAGGUGUCAAUGGAUUGGAUCAGGAAAUUUAUCGCAUAAAGCUACCUGGUCAACCCAAUAUCGGAGAAGGCAAACCUGAAAAUCAGAAUCAUGCCAUAAUAUUUACUCGUGGUGAAGCUCUUCAAACCAUUGAUAUGAACCAAGAUAAUUAUUUUGAAGAAGCUUAUAAGAUGAGAAAUCUUUUGCAAGAAUUUCUUAAGCGGCAAGGCCGAAGAGCUCCCUCAAUACUUGGUCUAAGGGAAAAUAUAUUCACUGGAAGUGUGUCUUCUCUGGCAUGGUUCAUGUCCUAUCAAGAGACGAGCUUCGUUACCAUUGGGCAAAGGCUUCUCAGCAAUCCUCUCAGGGUGAGAUUUCAUUAUGGGCACCCUGAUGUGUUUGACCGGGUAUUUCACAUCACUAGAGGUGGCAUUAGUAAAGCAUCAAAAACAAUAAACCUAAGCGAGGAUGUAUUUGCUGGAUUUAAUUCUACCUUACGACGGGGAUGCAUCACUUAUCAUGAGUACCUUCAAGUUGGAAAAGGUCGAGAUGUGGGCCUGAAUCAGAUUUCGAAAUUCGAGGCCAAAGUAGCAAAUGGAAACAGUGAACAAACUCUAAGCCGUGACAUUUACCGGCUUGCUCAAGGAUUUGAUUUCUUCCGAAUGCUAUCUUGUUACUUCACCACCAUUGGAUUUUACUUCAGUAGCUUGAUUUCAGUGAUUGGUGUAUAUGUAUUCCUCUACGGACAGCUAUACCUUGUUCUCAGUGGUCUGCAGAAGGCCCUUUUGUUUGAGGCCCGAAUGCACGACAUCCAGUCGUUGGAGACAGCUCUGGCCUCCCAAUCCUUCAUCCAGCUCGGACUCCUAACUGGCUUACCAAUGGUAAUGGAGAUUGGUCUUGAGAAAGGAUUCCUCACGGCACUAAAAGACUUCGUACUCAUGCAACUGCAGCUGGCUGCUGUCUUCUUCACUUUCUCUAUGGGCACCAAAAUCCACUACUAUGGACGAACAAUUCUCUAUGGAGGUGCCAAGUACAGACCAACAGGGCGUAAAGUGGUUAUUUUCCAUGCCAGUUUCACCGAGAACUUCAGGUUAUAUUCAAGAAGCCACUUUGUGAAAGGUUUCGAGCUCGUCCUUCUGCUAGUCGUCUAUGAUCUGUUCAGGAGGUCGUACCAGAGUACAAUGGCAUACGUCUUGAUCACUUACUCAGUUUGGUUUAUGUCGAUCACUUGGUUGUUCGCGCCGUUUCUGUUCAACCCAUCAGGGUUCACUUGGGAGAAGAUAGUGGAUGACUGGAAAGACUGGAACAAAUGGAUCAGGCAACAAGGUGGUAUUGGAAUUCAACAGGACAAGAGUUGGCAGUCAUGGUGGAACGACGAACAAGCCCACCUGCGUCAAGCUGGGGUAGGGGCGAGGCUUGUUGAGAUACUGCUAUCGAUUAGGUUCUUCAUGUACCAGUAUGGUCUGGUUUAUCACCUUGACAUCUCUCAAAAUAGCAGAAAUGUUCUGGUUUAUGUGCUUUCAUGGGUAGUGAUUGGCGUUAUGUUUAUAUUGGUCAAGGGUGUGGACUUGGGGAGGCGAAAGUUGAGUGCUACAUACCACUUGGGAUUCCGUUUGUUCAAGGCGUUCCUCUUCAUUGCUAUUGUGGCCAGCAUAAUAACUCUCUCAAUACUGUGUCACCUGUCGUUGAAAGAUUUGAUCAUCUGCUGUCUAGCUUUCAUCCCAACCGGAUGGGGCCUGUUACUGAUAGCACAAGCAGUGAGGCCCAUGAUAGAGGAAACAGUGAUAUGGGAAUUCACACAAGUACUGGCGAAGGCAUAUGAUUAUGGGAUGGGUGUGAUUCUGCUGACUCCCAUUGCAGUUCUAGCAUGGCUUCCAAUCAUCUCUGCUUUCCAGACCCGGUUCCUUUUCAACGAAGCCUUCAAUCGACAUCUCCAAAUCCAACCCAUUCUUGCGGGCAAGAAGAAGCAGAGAUGAGAAAGCAGCUCAAGGAAGGAAAGGAUCCCAUAAUUGAAUCUAACACUCAAAUAAAUCAAUCUGCUUGGCUUUCUAUAUAUUUCGGUUUUCUGUGCAGCUAUAGUUGAUUUAGUGAUGAAGAGAAGGGUAUUUCACUGAAUUCCUUCCAUUCACGUUAUUGGAGUAAAUAGAGAGAAACAGACAGAUUUUUAGCAGGGAAUAUUAGAAUAGCUCACACUAAGUGAAAAUGAAGGAAGUUUGAACGGCACUUAACCUUUUGUCUUGCUCAACUUGAAGCAAUGUCUUCUAUUAUAGUUUAGGGUGUGUUUAUAGUACAACCAUGAUUUUAGGUGUAUCCUACACGCCAUAGACUAUUUUUUAUAUUUUUUAUGAAUCAUAGACUACAAUUACUUUAUUCUAAACAUCAAAUUGAAUAUUUUGAUCGCUGACAUUAGUUCAACAUCAUGAUAUAAUCAGGA